AUGACGCGUCUCGAAAGUAUGGCAGUCUCCGUCACAUGUCAUCGCCAACUUUCGUCCGGUGGCUACGAAUAUGGUUCCCAUGCGGGAAAUAACCAUAAUAGUAGUAGCCACCCGCUACACCUAGCUGCAUCGACCCUUGCAGCAUCUCCACUCUGUUCCACCAUGGAGCAUGCUCCGUCAUCAUCCCUGGCUGUGCCAUCUCUUGAUCUUCCAUCUGAAGCUGCUGUCGACAACUCUCAUUCUUGCCACUCCUUUGACCUCGCCGGAGGCGUAUACAUACUGUCUGCGACAUCCGACGGCACAAGUACCGCUACAAGCUUUGCAAAAGGCGGCAUGGUCGAAACUUUUACAGCUUCAUCCGACAAGCUGCGGACGCCCAAACGCAAACGCACUGCGUCCCCUCCUUCGACAAAGUCUCCUGGCGAGACUCGUCCUACCUCUCGGAGCGCCCGACGCUCUCCAGGCAACAGCCGUCAAAGCUCGCUUCACUCCCAUCGUCGCACUGGUACCACCGCAUCCCUCACAUCUGUGCCAGACACACCUGUCCGCCGAGAGAACCUCUUAGCCCUACACCGAGAAUCAUGUCGACUAUUCCAAGACAGCGGCAAUACAACCAACCACCGACGAUCUCAUUCACCCCCAGGGACACCUCCACGCCCGCCACGAACCUACUCUGAUAUCAGUACCCCUCCAGUAACACCAAUCCUCGAACGACCAUACUCAACCUUCUACCCCUCCCUAUCCAGCAGUCCCAACAACAGCAACGUCCCCGCCGAACAUAUCGAAAUCACCACCUCAACACAGCCCGAGCCCACCAUCAUCGAAUGGACAUCCCCCUCCACACGCCGCCGUGAAUACGAAGAGAUCGACCGCGCCACCAGCGGCAUCCGCGGGCUCUGGCGCCGCAUCGCACCCCGGUGGUGCCAGUUCGGCAACAACAGCCGUGUCCCCUUCUUCGAGGAAGGGAAGAAUGGCAAAGCUAACUACGAAGGGAGCGUCCGCAGGUUUCGGAUGGAUCUCCCUGACGACGAGCCUGUCCAAACGCAGAACCAACGCGGGCUCAAGCUGAAGCCGAAGCUUGUUGUGCAUGCGAUUGGAGGGCGCAGAAGUAAGACGACGAGCUGGUUAUGA